AUGAACAAGACUUCGGGGUGCAUCGGCGAUGCCUUACCUCACCCGACCCCCUUUCUGUGUUUUACUCGUUCCUUGGAACCUCCGCGCACAGGAUUUCGUUUCGGACUGAAGAUCUCCACGUUGAACGUCACCACAUCGAAAACGUAUAAAAACCCCCCACUUUCUCGCAGCAAAUGUCUAAGCCACGAUGUUCUCCUUCGGACGCACCACCACCAUCGCCACCAGCGCUGCACACACCAUCACUCCCACCACGCGCGCUGCGUCCAACACAAACACCAUGACUUCUUCUCUCAGGCCGCGACGACCAUUCUCCGCGCCUGCAUCUACACCUCCCUCCCGCCUUACCAGGGCGUUCUCCUGUAUCUCCCUCUCCCACCUCAGGCGGCGCUCUUGCCCCGAGGCACACACCAAACAAACCAUAGAGACCACCGAGACCACCCCCACACCACUCCCCAAUAUCCCCACAUCAUCAUCAGCGCCGCCAUGAGCCUGAACGCCGUCCUCCGCAUCCUCGGCUGCCCAUCCGAGGCCCAUGAUUCACACCACUACACCCACCCUGUCCUCCUCGAUGAUGUGCCUACGGUGGGGUGA